AUGAUUUCCUAUGGCGUUGCGCUGGUCUAUUUUGUGAAUGUGGUUAACUUAAUGAACUAUGGCUGGGGAAGGCACAUGCGGAAUGUUAGCUUGGAAGAUCUUAUGGAGUUCAAUAAACGCCUGCUCAUCAAUACCUUGACUUAUUUGAUAUGUCCAUGUAUCACCAAGAUGGCUAUUCUGUCUGUUUUAUAUCAAAUCAAUCCUGCAAAGAUAUACCGCUACCUCUUCGUGGCUGUCGCAGUGGCGAUCUUUGCAUACUCUCUGACCUUAUGCAUCAUCACCGGAGGACCGUGUAAUCCUCUCCACGUCGGAACUACAGCGUGUCUAGAAAACGUCGCCCUAUCCCAGGCAGUCCUAAACAUUGCCUCUGAUUUGGCUGUGAUCGAAAUCCCAAUCCCGACGAUCCAUGGUCUCCAUUUUUCAACGAAACAAAAAGUCACGGUCGGCUGCCUGUUGGCUCUGGGGUCUGGCGUCAUAAUCUGCUCAAUAGCACGCCUACCAUACGCCUUGCUCCUCGGCAAAACCACCGACACAACCUAUACCGAAGCCAUCCUAAGAGUGUGGUCCCUCGUUGAGGUCAACCUCGGCAUCAUCUGCGCCUGCGCAAUGCGGUUCAAGCGCCUGACCGCGAUAUAUCUACCGCGGCCUUCGAUAUUCUCGUCGCGCUCGCACGGUAUCGCGAAACGCACAGAGGACACACCCAUAAACAAGUUACAGCCCAAAAAUAGUGGAGGGCAGCACUCCUACCAGCUGCAUAGCAUCCAGGAUGGAGACACCAAUCCGUUUGCCGGCGCGAAAGAUAUCUCCGUCCACCGGUCGUUCAAGGUGGAUGAAGAACGUACACACGUGUAUCGCGGGGACAAUGAUAGCGCUGAUAAAAUUUUGGCUUGA